UUCCCCCCCAGCGCUUAGAACAGUGCUCUGCACAGAGCUCAGUUGAAUCCAAAGCGGAAUGAGAAGUCACAGGGAUAUGAGUUUUGAGCUUUAAAUGAUUGCCCCCGGAAGCGCCCGUGACAGUUAUUCCACACGGGAGAGAGAAGAAAGUCGCAAGAAAAUAGGUUUCUGAGCGUACCUAAUGUGGUUUUAAGGUUUGAUGAAAAUGAUCUUGUGGUGCCACCAGAGCCCAGAUGUCCAAAGGAGGUGGGAAAGGAGCGGUUCACAGAAGAAGCCGCAUUGCCUAGCGGAAAGAGCGUCUUCCUGAGUAUCAGAGGACAUGGGUUCUAAUCCCAGAUCCACCACCUGUCAGCUGUUCGACCUUGGAGGCAGAAGCUCCCUGGGCAGACGCGCUUAGCACGGCAGCCGGAUUCCUCCUCAGGCCGGGCGGCCUCAUGAAUCCCCCUCCCGCUCCGGACGAUGGCCCUGAUCCUCUUCGCCUGCGUGGUGCGGGUGAGGGAUGGGCUCCCGCUGUCAGCCUCCACGGACUUCCACCACGACCGGGGCUUUGAGGAAUGCCGGCGGAGGCUGUGGGCACUGUCGGCGAUGUUGGCGUGGGGCCCGGCCCGAGGCUCCGCCCGGGGACGGGACUUCAGCGUUCAUUUUCACUCCUGUGGGGACGUGGCCUGCCUGGGGAUCUGCUCCAGCCAGUACCCGGCGGCGAUGGCCUUCUGCUUCCUGGAGGAACUGCGCUGGGAGUUCACAGCCGCGUACGACACCGUCAGCAUCGGCUUGGCCUCUCGACCGUACGCCUUCCGGGAGUUCGACGGCGUGAUCCAGAAAGUGAAGUGGCGGUUUAACUGCGCGCCCUCUUCUCACCUGACGGACACCUUGGAGAAAAUUCAGGAAGAACUGGACCUCAAGCCGCCAGUGGUCCUGGCCCUGGAUGGCCCGGAGAUGAUGAAUGGAGCCGCGAGUGGUCACUGCCGGCGGCCGGAGGAGCCUGCGGCCAGUAUCCGGAUGAAGCCCGUGUCGGCCCUGGGGAUCCUGUCUCUAGUCCUCAACAUCAUGUGUGCAGCUCUGAAUCUCAUUCGCGGGGUCCACCUGGCGGAGAAUUCCCUCCAGGAGGAUUGCGAGGGGAUUGGAAACGCUCUGGCAUUUCUCAUCUCCUUUGGAGCCUGCAUAGCCCAGUGUCACCUGUACCUAUUCUACAGUCCAGCCCGGAUGCCCAAGGCAGCGCUGGCGCUGGCCUGCGUCUGCCUGUGCAACGUCUCCCUGUACGGGCGCCGCAACGGGUGGCAGAUCCUCUUCCACAGCGGCGUGGCCUUCCUCUCCUCGUACCAGACCCUGGCCCGGCGGCAGCAGCGGGACAGGCAGCCGGACUGCGGGGUCUGACGCGGCGCGGCCCGCCCCUGGAACCGGCCGUCCCGUCUCCCUCCCCGUCUCCCCGCGGGGAGAGACCGGUGAGGCCCCCCCCCCCCCCCCGGGUCAUCCGCCGGGAGGCUCUGGCAGGAGCGGUGUGACGAGAGCCCUCCCGGCUCUCGCCACGUCUCCCCCCGCACCCGCCACCCGCGGAUGGUCGGUCGGCCCGGUGGUUAAGAAGGACAGAGGGUGCAGUGAGAGGCAGAGGUCCCGCGUUCUAAUCCCAGCCCCGCCCCCAGCCUGCUGCGCGAUCGUGGCCGAGUCACGCCACCUCUCUGGGCCCCCGCUUCCCCCUCUGCCAGAUUGGGAGAAUAAUCUGUGCUCUCCCUCUCCCGGGGAUGUCACGAGGGCACAGUGCCAGGAAAGAGCUUGGGAAGUUAAAAGCAGUCUGGCAAAUGCAGGGUAUCAUCAUGCUUAUUAUGAUGAUUUUUCAGGAAUUGAAGGGUCGGCACCCCCACAUCAGCACUCUCGCAGGGAGGAAUUGGGGAUCGGAAACACUUCCUCGCCGCGUCUCAUCUUUCCAGAAGAUGGAAUUUAUGCCACUUUGUGGUGAUUCAGGGCAGUGGCCGAUAGAGCCACGGUAAAAAAGAGAACGGUAGGCGGGUGGCCAUUUAAAAAUACGUGCACACUUGCCCUACAUAAACACCCCCAAACUUACUCUCCCCCAAGGGCGAUGUUUCAGCUGCCGACAUUCAGAUUGGGCCUCCGAGCUGAGUUUCGAUGCGGGAGAUCCCGUUUUCUCAGUUUCAGCGGACUAAAUCCUGAGCUGUUUUUAUUUUGAAAGGAUCAGUUAAACAGUGCCUCCUUCCCCUGCCCUCCCGUUCCUCCUGUCCCCUCUCCCUCUGAAUGAUAUUCAUAACGAUGGUAUUUAUUAAGUGCUCACUAGGUGCCAAGCAUUUUGCUGGGCACUGGGGUAGAUUCAAGACAAUCAGCUCGAACACAGCCCCCGCCCUACACGGGGCUCGCAUUCUAAGCGGAGUGUGCAUAUUUUACCCCCGCUUUUCAGAUGAGGAAAUUGAGGCGCAGGGUCCACGGCCACGCAGCGGUUAGGCGGCGGAGGCGGGAUUAGAACCCAGUCCCCCGGCUCCCAGUCCCGUGCUCUUUCCAGCAGGCCGCAACCCCUCCUGAUUCUUCUUCUUCUACCUUCCUCUCCCUUCCCUUCCUCUGCGUCCCCUCCCCUCUCGAUCCUUCUCCUCUUCGCCUGACCCAAAUGUUCUCAAGUGGCGAAGCUCUCGCUUCCCCGUCGAGACCGGUCCUUGCGGUGGCCCGGAAGAGGAGGAGGAGGAAGAGGAAGGGGCGAAGGGAGGUCGUUUGGGAGUGAGGCCCGUCCGCGUUAGCACUCCUAACUGCUCAGCCACAGUCACAAGGAGGCUCGCGUGCGCCGGCGAUCAGAGGGGGGCCUCGUCCGGCUCCCCGUGGCCCGCCCGGGACCCUCGGCCGGCGGAUUGGGCCGACGGGCCACCGGGGGACCAGCCGGGGAGCGCGGGAGGGAAGGGGAAGGUGGCCGGUGUUGGCGGUGCUGCAGGAUGCACUUGGAAUCGAUCCCCGUGCGUGCGCGUGGACGUGGUGCCUUGCGUGUUCGUGGCGUGUUCUGUCCGGGAGACCUCUGACCCCGGGGGCCUGCGUGGAGGGAGGGAUGCCCCGUUUCACUUUGGGUUCAGAAAUCCCGACGAGAGUCCCCUUGUGUAACCGCCGGGACUUGGGGUCCCCCGGGCCCUCCCCCAGGCUCAGGUGCCUGCCCCGCCGCCUCCCAGUUAGGUGGCAGUGAGGCGACUCCCGGUCGCCCGGCCCGCCGCAGGGCGGACCCGGCUGGGCCGGCAAAAACCCGGGUGGCCAAGAGGGGGUGGGGGGCCCGGCAGUCGGGCAGACCUGGUGCCUCCCCCCCGGCCCCCGUCGCGGGGAGAGGGCAGGGGGGCCGGCCGGAUCCGGUCGACCCCGCCCUCUGGAUUUUCUAAAUUAGAGGACCGCCUGGCGCGGCACGGUCCCUCGGCGGUGGGGUUAAGCGGUGAGAGCUUCGGCCCAGGAGAACCAGCGAAGAGCCGGUGGGGACCGGCUGGGUCGGGGUGUCCAGGAAGCCCGGGGGCCCACGCGGGGUCCCCCCCGCCAUGGUCCUCCUCCUCCGAGCGGGGUACUGCCGUGAGCCUGGACCCUCCUGUGGGCCGGGGGGACUCCGGUCCCCACCGGCCGUUGGCGUUUCUCUCCCCCCCCCCCCGCUCACUUCGGCGGUUUGUCCCGGCCCUCCUUGAACGAAGGCCCCGGGGGCCCCACCGAGAGAGUCGGUGUGGGUGAAUGGGGCCGAGCGGGUCACAGUGGAAAUAGCCAGCUGGAGCUGCGGUGCCAGAGCCCAUUGCCAGGGAAAGCGACCCUGGGUCCCGUGGUCCGGCCCGGGCACGUCGGGGUGGGCUGGGGCGCCCGAUGAGGGUGCACGAGGCCAAACCGCUGCAGGCUUUCUGCGGUGCUGCCGGGUGAGACCAGAACUGCUUCCUGCCAAGCUGGCCGCUGGAGGCAGGUGGUCCAACCCUCUCCAAGCUAGCCGCUCAAGGCAGGUGGCCCAUCCCCUGCCAAGCUAGACAUUGGAGGCAGGUAGCCUGCCCCCGCCGCCGAGCCGGCCACCGGGGAGACGAGUGGCUUGCCCCCCUCCAAGCUAGUCACUGGAGGCAGUCGUCCCACCCCCCCGAUAUCCCGGACGUCUCGGGGUGCUCCUUCAGGAUGGGCGAUUGUGGGAAAGAAGCCAUCGUCUGUAUUUCAAGAGGAAGACGGGAGCAAUUUGAUCCCAGCCAAAACCCUCGGGCCCGAUCCCGUCGGGCCCCGCCCAGGGGCACUGAUGGGGCCUGAGCGGUUCCGUCCCGGUGUUCCCGCUGGCGGAGAGGCGGUGGACCCGAGGGGUACGCUUUCCGCUGUCACGGGAGCCCACGCCGCGGUCGAGAAAGCCUCUCCCGGACCCGGCCGAAGGCCUGCCUGGCCGUCCGGACCAGGAGAGAAUAAAUCAUAAACGCCU